GCGUAUGCUUAUUAUUACCCCGCAUGCAUGGCAAAAUCCCCCACACCAACACACACCUUUUUGUUCACAGGCUCUCUCGCUUUCUCAGCAGGGGGGACCACGAGGAGAAGCACGGCCAUGAGGGAGUGCGGGACGGAGCUGCUGAGUAGUUUCCCAGUCGCCAUGACAACCUCACACUCUGCCAUCUCCACCGCCGUCUUCAUGAUCUAAUUCAACCAUCCGGAUCGGGAAGCGCAAGGAGUAGCCAGACCUGCCGGUUCUCCUUCGUCGGGAUGGCUGCCCAUCGGCGGACGGGAAGGCACGGUGGUGCCAUGGAAGUAACGCCAACAUCCGUGUGUGUUUGAGAGUGUCUGUGUGUGUGUGUGUGCCUGUGUGUGUUGCCUGGAAACCGCCACCAUGCCAGUACACCAGAUCACGGUGGUCCCAGCUAGGGAGAACGGCAAGCGCGCCCUUCGGCCUAAAGACAGGAACGAGGGCCCUCAAGCCAAGACCCCCGGUCGCUCAGGGAGUCGAUCCAGCAACAUCUCCAAGGCGAGCAACUCGACAGCGGGACAAACCAGCGCAUCCAAGACGUCAGUCACUCCGUCUUCUCAGGAUAUUUGCAGUGUUGUCCAGCUGACCCGCAUUGAGGAGGAUGCGUCCGAAUUGCCCAACCCCAGCAACAGCAAGAGCCCGCGCCCCGCCACCAUGACAAUCCCCAGCGCCACCCGGGGUUCCUCAGCUCCGGCCCCUAAGAAGCGGGUGAAGCGUCGCCACCGGCGGAAGAGGAACAGCUUCGGCCCAUUGGACUGCGUGGAGGCCAAAGACCCGGACCGCAGCUCUGACCGCAGCGAGCAGGGCGAGGCGCGGUCAGAGCGUCCCUCGCGGGCACACCGGGAGCCCCCGCUGCGCAUCUGCUGCUUGGACUCAACCUCUGAGGAUGAGAAGCCGGUGACCCGAAGCUGGAGUAAGGAGAAGUCGAGGCGGGCUCGGCACCGCAGCCAGAGCAAAGGCGGUGAGGACGUGACAGAAGUGAUGGAGUUGCAGUCGGUGGGCUCCGACGAGGGGAAGGAGAACCAACCCCUGGUGGUGGAUGAUGGUGUGAAAAAACGACUCAUUAGCGGUAGCAGUGGGCACAGCUCGCUGAGGGAAAGCUUGCCCAGUAUGGACAAGGAGCCUAGUCCGGCUAACAGUUCCUCGGAGGAUGGUGAGGAGGAGCUGAUCACAAAAAAGUAUCAGGAGAAAGGGGCGGGGCACGGAGACAUGGCAGUGCCCGUGGUGGUGCCCACGCCUCAGAAGGGCUGCGGUGUCAAUGGCGCCCUGCCUCGCGCCUGCUCCGAUGACUCUGAGAUGGAGGUGUGCAGGAUCUGCCACUGUGAGGGUGAUGAGGAGUGCCCCCUGAUCAUGCCGUGUCACUGUACAGGCAGCCUGAGCUUUGUGCACCACGCGUGUCUCUACCAGUGGAUCAAAUCCUCAGACACGCGCUGUUGCGAGCUCUGCAAGUUUGAUUUCAUCAUGGAGACCAAACUCAAACCUCUGCGCAAGUGGGAGAAGUUGCACAUGUCCAAGAGCGAGAGGAGGAAGAUCUACUGCUCAGUGUUGUUCCACCUCAUAGCAAUAGUGUGCAUGCUGUGGUCUGUCUACAUCCUCAUCAAGAGGACCACAGAGGAGAUCAAACUGGGCAAGAAUGAAGAAUUUUGGCGGAUUUCUCUCCUGAAGUACUACCGGUAUACCCCCCAGGGCGUACUGGAGUGGCCCUUCUGGACCAAGCUGAUUGUGGUGGCCAUCGGCUUCACAGGGGGCCUCAUCUUCAUGUACAUCCAGGGCAAGGUGUACCUGCAGUUGUGGUGCCGCCUCAAGGCCUUCAACCGCAUCAUCACCGUGCAGAACUGCCCCGACAAGAACCGGCUCGCCAACGGAAAGCGCCAGGCGGCCGUGGAGAUCCCUGUGGGGUCCACCCCACCAGACUCGGACGCCUCCCUGGGGGCGACGGUGGCGCCCAGGCACAAUCCAGUUUGAAGGUGCCAACAUUUUGCGUCAAGCUGGACUGGACUCAAGUGAACACAAGCAGGCAGAGGACCGCUGUGACCACAAAGAGUGAGGAUGAGGUCUCAGCACCAGAAAGGCUUGCUAAUGCUCACUAAUUAUU